CACUCUACGCAACGCGUGGACCAGUCUCUCAGGCGGUGACUGCUCGGCCGCUCGCCGCUCGCAAAGAAUCACGCUUCGGCUGCAUUUCUACCGGCGAGCGAAACGGGCUCGAUUGGCGUCAAAAGUGCUGCAAGCGAUUCCUCACUGGCCAUCGACCCUUUGACGCCGCUCAAAACCAAUGCAGCCACCUCUCUGUCCCAAGAGGAGCAUCGUAUACUCGUUAGCUUCCUAGCACUACUAGAAUCUGAUCACCAGACUCUCAAUCAGCCCUUUGCACAUCAGGCCGUCCGUAUGAAGGUACCCACUCAGCAAAAUGGUGGUUCGCGCCCCGAUGCUACUGGGCACAGUCCUCCGUAUACCAGCACAACUUACCUGCCACCGGUGUUCCCUACCCAGCCUCUCCAACAACCACGCCCCAAGCGCAAGCGUCCCGCUUUAGACUGUAAUGACGACGAUGCUGGCUUCCACUCUACUCUCACUGAGACUGCGAAGAGGUCUGAGCUGGCGCUCAGUAGCCGUAGAUCAGAUGCAGUUCACCAGCGUUGGGGCAACGCAACGCAUCACAACUUCCUGCCCUCCGAAAAUGAGUCUGUGGGAGCACAGCACACGAGUCUUCACUUUCAAGCCGUCACCGAGACAAUUCCGAUAGCGAUCGAUCCCGCACGCCGUCUCCUCGAUAAGCGAUAUGAGAUUGUUCGGAAGUUGCAGGCGCUGAAGACCCAGCUCUCUAAUCUGGACGCUACGCAUUUGCUAGACAGCAAUCUCGAGCCCACACCUAGCCUCAAGCGGCGACGACAUGAUGGAACGGUGAAUAAGAACAACCUCAAGACAGUGUCGACCGCUUCUCCUCCUGUUCGCCAGAUUCUAUCUCACAACACGACGAACGAGGAACCUCAACAGACAGCAGAUGAUUCUGGAAUGGUUGGCGGCGCGGACAACACGGUGGAUGCAAGUCCUACGCGCCCUUCCAAAUCCGCCGGAAAUACCACCGUCCCGCCCUCUUCACUAUUUCUUCAGAAGCCGGACGACGGAAUGCAAGAUGCGGCAAGCUCACCUCCAACACGUGCACCUACGGCUAGGACAACAAACGACGCCGCAUCCGAAGCAACGUGCACUAUAACAUACGAUGUGUCAACGGCCAGUCUCACAUACAAUGUGCCGGCAGAAGCUAUCAGCAACCAGGAAAUCAUCAAUGCCCAUACCGACGAUUGCAGCUGUUCCGAUGCUGGGCUCUAGGAGAGUUUCUUCGACAUCGACGCUGCAUCGUUCUGAAGUGAGGUGCGCGAUGGCAACGGCGAGAUAGGAUGUCUCCGGGUGAGUGCUCGGCGGAAGGCGGGAGGGUAGAGUGG